UCGAUUGACCCUUCUUCCACACCUUUUCUCUUACUCCCAUCUCUCUCUCUCUCUCUCUCUCUCUCUCUCUCUCUCUCUCUCAAAACGCUCUUCGUUCUCUUAUAAAUGAGAGAACUCUGAGACGUUGAAGAAUAUCUAUCGAGAGAGAGAGAGUAGAAUCGACGACAGAGAUUUUCCUCUCACUAGCCUUUCGCUCCUCUCUCUCUCUCUCUCUCUCUCUCUCUCUCUCUCUCUCUCUCUCACGUUGAAGAGGAUCAAGUAAGACAGAAGAGGACUCGACGGCUGAGAUUUGUCGCCUUAUACAUUCAUCGACGGACGUGAUUUUUCCGCAGAAAAUUUCAUUCAACUGCGGAACUUUCCAGACGUUUAAGAGAGAGAGAGAGAGCGACAGAAUCUCUUGCUGCUUUUUCCCGCCAAAGAAAAGCGGCCAGAGGCUCAGAUUCCGGAGACGUAGAACCGUCUCCCGCAAAAUCACCGGAAAACUGACAUCUCCAGCGAAAAUUCCGGCAAAAUCGUGUUUUCCAACGAGGCCUAGAUCCUCUCUCCCUUCGACAUUCGGGCCAUUUCCACCGCGGAAAUUCGGUAGAUCGGCAGCUCCGGUGGAUUUUCCGGCGAGGGCGCUAGGUUCUCUUCCCGGCCAGUUCCACGUCUCCAGCGGAAUUCUGUCAGCCCCGGCAGUGAGACGGGGCUACUGAGUGGUUUCCGGCGAUGGCAGCGGCGGCAAUGGCGGCAGACGACCUGGCGCGGUCGAGCAGCAGCCGGCGGUCAUGGGCGUCGUCGAGCUUCCGGGGAGCGUCGGCGAGCUUCAGGGAGGUUUGGGCCAAUCCGGCGGACGUUUUCCGGCGGAGCACGUCGGAGGUGGGGGUGGACGACGAGGAGGAUCUGAGAUGGGCAGCGCUGGAAAAGCUGCCGACGUACGAUCGGUUGCGUAGAGGGAUCCUGAGGCAGGUGGGCGAGGACGGGAAGAUGUUCGAGGAGGAGGUUGAUGUUACCAACCUCGGUCUCCAGGAAAAGAAGCUGCUUAUGGACAGCAUCCUCAAGAUCGUUGAGGAGGACAACGAUCGAUUCCUGCAUCGACUCAGGGACCGAGUCGACAGGGUUGGAAUUGAAAUACCUAAGAUCGAAGUUCGAUUUGAGCAUUUAUCAGUAGAGGCAGAUUCUUACGUCGGGAGUAGGGCACUUCCUACUUUACUCAAUGCUACAAUGAACACUAUAGAGGGAAUUCUUGGACUGGUUCGGCUUUCUCCAUCAAAGAAAAGGAUUAACAAGAUACUUCGUGACGUGACUGGAAUGUUGAAACCUUCCAGGAUGACACUGCUUCUUGGACCUCCAGGCUCAGGGAAAACAACCCUGCUGCUUGCUCUUGCAGGGAAACUUGACAAACAGCUACAGGUAACUGGGAAAAUCACUUACUGCGGUCAUGAAUUGUCAGAAUUCGUUCCUCAGAGAACCUGUGCUUACAUUAGCCAGCAUGAUCUUCACAAUGGCGAGAUGACAGUUAGGGAGACUCUGGAUUUCUCUGGACGGUGUUUGGGGGUUGGAACCCGAUAUGAAAUGCUGUCCGAAUUGUCCAGACGAGAGAAGGAGGCUGGAAUUAAACCAGAUCCUGAGAUUGACGCAUUCAUGAAGGCCACAGCGAUGGAAGGCCAGAAAACUAGUCUGGUUACAGAUUAUGUUCUCAAGCUACUUGGUUUGGAUAUCUGUGCUGAUGUAAAAGUUGGAAAUGAUAUGAGAAGAGGAAUCUCUGGUGGACAAAAGAAGCGUGUGACUACUGGAGAGAUGUUAGUUGGACCAGCGAAAGCUCUCUUCAUGGAUGAGAUAUCAACUGGACUGGACAGUUCCACCACCUUCCAGAUUGUCAAGUUCAUGAGACAGAUGGUUCAUGUUAUGGAUGGAACCAUGGUCAUCUCUCUUCUGCAGCCUGCACCUGAGACAUUCGAUCUUUUUGAUGAUAUUAUCCUUUUGUCGGAGGGUCAGAUCAUCUACCAAGGUCCUCGAGAGAACAUCGUAGAGUUCUUCGAGGUCAUGGGUUUCAAGUGUCCAGAUAGGAAAGGAGUUGCAGACUUUCUGCAAGAAGUGACUUCAAAAAAGGAUCAGGAACAGUACUGGUUUGAUAAGAGCCAGCCUUAUCGUUAUGUCUCUGUCCCUGAGUUUGUGGAAGGUUUCAACUCUUUCCAUGUUGGCCAAGAGCUAAUGGAAGAACUUAGAAUUCCUUAUGAUAAAGCUAGAGCUCACCCUGCAGCAUUAGCGACAGAAAAGUAUGGCAUCUCUAACUGGGAGCUCUUCAAGGCUUGUUUUGCAAGGGAGUGGCUGCUAAUGAAGCGCAAUUCUUUUGUGUACAUAUUCAAGACCACCCAGAUAACAAUCAUGUCGACGAUCACCAUGACUGUCUUCUUGAGGACGGAAAUGAGUCAUAACACAAUUGCUGAUGGAGGGAAAUUCUUCGGGGCUUUGUUUUUCAGUCUAGUUAAUGUGAUGUUUAAUGGAAUGGCAGAGCUUCCGAUGACUGUUUACAGGCUUCCUGUGUUCUAUAAGCAGAGGGAUUUCUUGUUCUAUCCUCCAUGGGCUUUUGGGUUGCCAAUUUGGGUGCUGAGAAUCCCACUUUCACUAAUGGAAUCAGGAAUAUGGGUCACUCUUACCUAUUACGUAAUUGGUUUUGCUCCUCCUGCUAUGAGGUUCUUCCGACAGUUCUUGGUGUUCUUUUGUACACAUCAAAUGGCUCUCUCGCUGUUCCGUUUCAUUGCCGCAGCUGGAAGAACAGUGGUCGUAGCCAACACAUUUGGAACUUUUGCUCUGUUGGUGAUUUUUGUGUUUGGAGGAUUUGUCGUCUCUAAAGACGACAUUCAACCAUGGUGGAUGUGGGGAUACUGGAGUUCUCCUAUGAUGUAUGGACAGAAUGCUGUAGCCAUCAAUGAAUUUCUUGAUGACAGAUGGAAUAUUCCCAACAAUGACCCUAGAAUCGAUGCACCCACGGUUGGAAAGGCCCUUCUCAAGUCUAGAGCAUUGUUCACUGAUGAAUAUUGGUUUUGGAUUUCUAUUGUAGCCCUUAUUGGGUUCUCUCUUCUCUUCAAUCUUUGCUUUAUUGCUGCACUGACUUAUUUGAAUCCUUUUGGAAAUUCGCAAGCUUUAAUGUUGGAUGAGGAUGUAAAGAAAAAACAUAAAGAGAAUCCAUACUCUGACAGAAGUCAGAGAUCGACGGCGACAGGGACUAGUUCAACAUCAACCUAUCCUGUGUUUGAAGGUAUUGACAUGGAAGUGAGAAAUGGUACUACAAGCAGCAAAUCAAGUAUUAGAGUUGCAAACCAUGCAGAGAAGAGAGGAAUGGUUUUGCCCUUCCAGCCUCUUUCUCUUUCAUUUAAUCAUGUGAAUUACUACGUGGACAUGCCUACUGAAAUGAAGAGUGAAGGAAUUGAAGAAACCCGUCUCCAGCUUCUACGCAACGUUAGUGGUGCUUUCAGACCAGGAGUCCUUACUGCAUUAGUUGGCGUUAGUGGUGCUGGGAAGACCACUUUGAUGGAUGUUCUGGCAGGAAGGAAGACUGGAGGAUACAUAGAAGGAACUAUCAGCAUAUCUGGUUACCCAAAAAACCAAGCAACAUUUGCUCGGGUUAGUGGUUACUGUGAACAGAAUGAUAUCCAUUCGCCAAAUGUUACUGUCUAUGAGUCCCUCGUAUACUCUGCCUGGAUGCGUCUUGCUCCUGACGUUAAACCAGAAACACGGAGGAUGUUCGUGGAGGAAGUGAUGGAGCUGGUUGAACUUAAUACUCUGAGGGAUGCUCUUGUGGGCCUCCCUGGAGUAAAUGGUCUCUCAACCGAACAGCGAAAGCGGCUUACAAUAGCCGUGGAGCUGGUUGCAAAUCCAUCCAUCAUUUUCAUGGACGAGCCAACAUCAGGGCUUGAUGCUAGAGCUGCAGCGAUUGUCAUGCGGACAGUAAGAAACACUGUGGAUACUGGACGGACUGUUGUUUGCACAAUUCACCAACCGAGCAUUGACAUUUUUGAAGCUUUUGAUGAGCUUCUCCUGAUGAAGAGAGGAGGACAAGUAAUUUACGGAGGGCCUCUUGGUCGACAUUCUCAGAAGCUUAUAGAGUACUUUGAAGCAGUCCCAGGGGUUCCCAAGAUCAGAGAUGAUUACAAUCCUGCUACGUGGAUGCUGGAGGUCAGCUCUACUUCGGUUGAAUCACACCUUGAUCUGGAUUUCGCAGAUGUUUAUGCCAAUUCUUCCCUUUAUAAGAGGAAUCAAGAGCUCAUCAAGGAGCUGAGCAAACCAGAACCUGGCUCCACGGAUCUUUACUUCCCUACCAAAUACUCUCAAAGCUUUGCUACUCAAUGUAUGGCCUGCUUCUGGAAGCAACACUGGUCCUACUGGAGAAACCCACAGUACAAUGCAAUCCGAUUCUUCAUGACACUCGUCAUUGGUAUCCUAUUUGGUACCAUCUUCUGGGACAAUGGAAAAAAGACAAAGAAGCAACAAGAUCUGCUGAAUCUGCUUGGAGCCAUAUACUCGGCUGUCUUCUUCCUCGGAGCCACCAAUGCUUCAACAGUGCAGUCUGUUGUGGCAAUAGAGAGAACAGUCUUCUACCGUGAAAGAGCAGCGGGAAUGUACUCAGCAUUGCCUUAUGCAUUUGCUCAAGUGAGCAUUGAGCUAAUUUAUAUAGCAGUGCAGACGCUCGUCUACUCUCUCCUCCUUUUCUCUUUGAUCAAUUUCCCUUGGCAAGCCAACAAGUUCUUCUGGUUCUACUACUUCAUGUUCAUGUGCUUUUCCUACUUCACCCUGUAUGGGAUGAUGGUGGUAGCUCUGACUCCCGGCCACCAGAUUGCCGCCAUUGUCAUGUCCUUUUUCUUCAGCUUCUGGAAUUUGUUCUCUGGCUUCCUCAUCUCUAGGCCGCUGAUUCCAAUAUGGUGGAGGUGGUAUUACUGGUGUUCUCCGGUGGCCUGGACAAUCUACGGCCUGGUGGUGUCUCAAGUAGGCGACAAGGAUGAGCCGCUUGAAAUACCGGGACAGCCAGAUAUGCCCGUGAACGUGUUCCUCAAGAACUUCUUUGGGUAUGAGCACAACUUCCUUGGGGUGGUCGCAGGUGUCCACGUUGGCUUCGUCCUCCUCUUCGUCUUUGUCUUCGCCUAUGGCAUCAAGUUCCUCAACUUCCAGAAGAGAUAACAAGGCUAGAAAACGACUCUCUCUCUCUCUCUUAAUUGUUGAUGGUAAUUUUACGUAAUUGUUGUUGUGUCCUUGUAAUUUUAGUCAAGUAUAUGAAAAUGUCAUUGUAUUUCUGGUAGAGAGUAUAUAAGGAAAAAAAAUAGGAUUUGGGUGGGAAUUUUAUUUUUGUAUUUGCUAAGAUGAGAUUAAUCUAACGAAGAUGUAGACUUUUCUUUCUUUCUUUCUUUUUU